GAUGACAGACACAAUGCUAAAUUGUUUCAACUAAGUCUUUAUGUCUAUCAUCUGUCAGAUUUUGCAAGUUUUCCAUUUUUCGUGUAUCAUAUUUAAAGGCCAUGAUUAUGGCUUUCAGUUACAGGUUUGAAGAACUUGAGAACUUCUAGUAACCCAGUUUGCAGACUCCCUUUCUCUUAAAAUGUAUGCGUAUUGGAUCAUAUUUAGCUUUUGUGUUCUCUCAGUCUAUGCCGUGGGCCCAGAAGCAGUUUGUGAAAAACUUACUGAAGAACUAGGUACUGAGUAUGAUAACUGUUAUAAGCUAGAUUCGGAAGAAGAACUACAAAUCGUACUAAAUUGCCACAAAGAAGUGCGCCCUGGUAAAACACCAUCUUCAUACUCAUUCUUUGAAGCCGCUUGCAAAAAUAAUGACCUUUUUAAUCAGUUCUACGCUUGCUUGUUUAGAAAUGCUGUUAUGCAGGGCAAAAAUAUGGAAAAAUCCACUCAUUGCAUGCAGGAUGCCUCAAAGUCGCAUGGAAUUGGCUGGCCGUAAUAGAAGUAAGACGUAGCGCCAUACACUAUGGAAUGAAUGCUUGCCAGUCACGAUUUACUAUAAAUUAUGUAAAAAGUGCAUAUUCAUGUAUUUAUAGCUGAAAUAAAGAGUUGUAUUAAGA